AUGGCUUAUGUUACUCAUCCCAUCACAGCUUUUUUUUUAAUGGGAUAUUUUCCAAUGCAACUAGGAAAAGAAGCUGCAGAAAACCAAGACAGACAACUUUCUCAAGGAAUUACAAUUUGCAAAGGAAAACAUAAUUCAGACAAUAUGGUCCAGAUGAGGUGAGUGUGUUCAAGGCCCACUUCAGCCAUUGUGAAAGUUGUAUUUUCUCAAUGACAACUUCCCUAUCUGAGGAAUAGGAAUACUAGUGAACCACCUCAAAUCAAGAGAACUAAAUGUUUAUUAUUAUAUUAUAUGUUUAUUAUAUGUAUUUUUAAUCCCAUUUCUUUUUUCCUAGGAUGUCUCCCUGCCACAUCUUAAUCCAUCUUAAAAAUGGAAGAUCGGAGGUGAAAGAUAGUGACUUCAAACACUGUGAUUUAGCUGCAAUGAACAACCUAAGGCUUCCGCACUCCAUGUUUCCCCCAUGCUUACAAACUGGGCUGGACUGA